UAAACAUGGCCGCAGCUGCUGGAAGAAUAGACGAACUUGUCAAAGAUUAUUUGCUGUUUCGUGGCCUUACACAAACACAGAAGGCUUUCGACAGUGAGCUCAAGAAUGAUAAGGAAAAGGGAUUACGGGCAGACAAAAUCAUCGAUCAGCUUCAAGCAUGUAUAACCAAUUACGACAUGUUAAGCCUGAAAGAUUACUGGGUGUACAUGAACCGCCGGCUGUUCGCCCGUCUAGAGCAACGCUACAUGACAAGCGUCCGCAAGCUGGAGGUGGGGCUUCUCAAGAUGUACGUCAUCAAUGCAGCUCAGACCAACAAGCCGGACAAGGUUGUUGAGUUUUUCGAGAAGAUGACACCAGAACUACAGAACCAACCAGAGUUUCGAGAGUGGUUUGCCUUUCCCUUUCUGCAGAACCCCCAGGAGAACCCGCUUUUCUCCAUGUAUUUCACCAAACAGUGGCAGGACACCCUCAUCCUGUCUCUCCACAACUUCCUCAGCGUCAUCCUUCAGGCCAUGCCUGUGCCAACACUGCUGAGUUUUGAACACGUUCGGAGGAUGAAGAUGCUUCAGGAGGAGAACAGCAUGUUGAAACACAAGGUGAUGUUACUGAGUCAGCAGGCCGAGGCAGAGCAGCUACAGAAGGAACAGGACAUGCCGACAGAGGUCAAAACUUCAGCAUCAGACCUCAUCUACGACUUCUCUGGACUUUCAGAGGACACGACAAUUCAAGAGAAACAACAAAAGACUCGUCGCUUCCCUCUACACCUCACCUCCCCUCUGAUUGGUCGGAGGAAAAUAGAACCAACCCUCAUGAAAGUUGACCCCAAGCCAGCUAAAGUUGUCUCCAAAGUAACCCACCCCAUCACCCAGCCUCCGAAGCCAUCCCUCAGAAGAGUAGCACAAAGUGUGCCAUCGUCACAUUUACAAAGUAGAGAUAAAGCCUGUUGUGUCAGAAGAUCCACCCCUGUCCUCUACCCGUCUUCAGCAAACAGUCAGACUGCCCCACCCUUUGGGGGUGCUCGCCGAACCCACCCCACCCCACCAGUCAGUCCAGCUAAAAGUAUCAGUAGCGAGCCGGAGAAGGUCAAGCCAGUUGACAUGCCAGAUUCUGCCUCAGUCAGUUCCUCUGAGGGCGUGGCUAAUAUUCCAGAAGGAGAUUGUCCUUUCCUGUUGCUAAGUCAGGACGAAUAUGCAGAGCAUCACUCAGCUAUAUCUUAUGGCAAGUUCAGUGUUUCGGGGCAGUACAUCGCUAGUCUUGACGCUGAUGGUGUGGUCAAAGUUUGGACCUGGAGUCCUCAGCCGGCAACCACAGCAACGGUGAUGUCCAAAUCAGCGUUCCUGUCUCUGGAGUGGACCAGCAAGUCAGACAGAUGGCUUCUGUUGGGCAACCGUACAGGAAAUAUUCGUCUGUUUGAUGUCAAAGAGAUCAAGACGUUUCGUGAAGUUCAGGCAGACCAAAGUUAUCCCAGGAUCAUCAACAUCACAGCCAACCCUGUGGGCAUGAGUUUCGUGUGUUCGGCCACGGUGCAGCGUCUCCGAAGUGGGUCUUCGGAAACCUCCGCAAUGGCUAAGCCAGGAAAACUCAUGUUGUGGGAUCUCCGCACUAUGAAGAUGGAUAAACAGCUCCCAUUGGAACCGACCCCUGUGGCCAUCAACUGCUGUCAGUACAACCAUAAUGGUCAGCUGCUGAUGACCGGAGCUGCGGAUGGAAGGAUCAGGAUAUUUGACAUCCAGCAACAGAAGUGUAUCACCCAGUGGCCUGCUCAUGAUGGGGAGGUCCAUUCUGUACAGUUCAGCUCUGAUGAGACGUCCUGCUUCAGUAUGGGAGGGGAUGGGAAGUUUAUACAGUGGAAUAUCCACAAGACUGGCACCAUAGUUCAGGAGUUGGCAAUCCACCAGGGGGCAGCACUGCCGUUCCUGGCCACCAGUCCGACAGGGAACAAGGAAGUACCGCGGGGGAGACUGUUUGCUUUUGACCCCGAGGGCCAGUAUAUACUCACAUGUGAUAAAAACAAAGGAGUCUUGUAUCAGACCAGAGAGGCUGACCCCGGCAUCGUGAAGAUCAUGGAGCUGCAGGGUCACAAGAGUCCAGUCACAACCGUAGACUGGUCGCCAUCUGUCGACACAAGAGUCUGCCUCAUGGGCGCCAUGGACGGAAAGAUAAAAGUGUCAACCUUGCUGUCACAAUGAACAAGGAUGCCAGCCAUUUCAGCUUUGUCAAACUUCAAUACUCUACUUAAAAGUUGUUGAUUGUUAUUCUGUUAUGUGAUGUCAAAUAUUGAGCCAUGUGACAAAUAGUUUUCCAAUGAAAUUAUUUUUUCAAGUGGACAUGUUCUAAGUGUGUCAAAGGAGAAUAUAUCACAUAUUUUGAUUUGUGCAAUAUUUGAUAUUUUAAGGUCUCGCCAUAUCUCAUGAACAGGUCCUUAUAUUGUUUAAUGUUCAGGGGACGGUGGGGUAGUCUAGUGGUUAAAGCGUUCGCUCGUCACGUGGAAGGUCGGGUUCGAUUCCCCACAUGGGUACAAUGUGUGAAGCCCAUUUCUGGUGUCCCCCGCUGCGAUAUUG